UUCCCUUCACCCUCAGCACGUUCAGCUGCUGAUGGCUGUACAGCCACGUAAGUGUUACCUGGCUGCAUGGGGUGCACCUGGUGCUUGCUGUGCCAACAAGGUGUGUUGCAGUGAGGGGUGCAGGGCUGGCUGGGUUCCCUUCUUCCUGCACCCGCAAAACUUCUUUGUCCCGUCUGCAGCCCUGUUUCUUGCACAGAGCCUAACCUGUAGCUGUGCUGGAGCCAGGUUGCAGCCCUGCACUGGAGCUUUGCACACCUGCGGGUGGGGACAGAGCACCCCCAGCCCCACGGCGUGGUGCCCCCCGGCUCUCUCCACCUUAAGAAACCUGUUCCUCCUCCCUGCCCUCACACCCUGCACCGUUUCCCCUCCGGGCAGCCGGGUUAAACUAUUUCUAUCGGUGGUCAGGCAGGUUUCCUGUUUGCAACCCUGGCGCUCACGGCUGCGGACAGAGCAGCCACGGCGCCAGAGCUGCUCCUCGAGGAUGUGACCCUACAAGGCCUCUCCCAGCCCCUUUGCAGCUGUCCGGGCGCUGCCGGGCGGGGACAGCGUGGGGGGAUUUCUCACGAGACCUUGGAAGCAGACGAGCAGCUCUUGGCGUUUCCUGCUGUUUUUCCCUGAGCCGCUGCCCAGCGGAUCCCAGGAAUCACAGCAGCUUCGAGGAAACCAGAGCGCAAGCAGUGGCACGGAGCAGAGUGUGGCACCGUCCCACGAAGGGUCUUCAUCCCCAUCGCCGGAGCUGAGAGCAAAGCCAUGGCUGAGGAUGGCGGGGCUGCCUCCGACGGCCCCCAGGCGGUCGCCCUGCGUGCACGCAGUGUGGAGGAGCUGUACGAGCUGCUGGAGACGCUGGGCAGUGGGCACUUUGGAGUGGUGAAGAAGUGCCGGGAACGCAGCACCGGCGUUUUCUAUGCUGCCAAAUUUGUGAAGACGCGGAGGUGCCGGGGCAGCCGGCGGGGCCUGGAAAGGGUGCAGGUGGAACGGGAGGUGUCCAUCCUGCGGGACCUGCAGCACCCCAACAUCAUGCAGCUGCACGACCUCUUCACAUGCAGAGCUGAGAUGGUGCUGGUGCUGGAGCUGAUGCGUGGUGGGGAACUCUUUGACUUUAUUGCGGAGAAGGAGAUGCUGUUGGAGGAGGAGGCCAUCGAGUUCCUGGAGCAGAUCCUGCUUGGGGUGCAGUACCUUCAUGGGCGCCACAUCGCCCACUUUGACCUCAAGCCUGAGAACAUCAUGCUGCAGGAGAAGGAUGUGCCCAAGCCUCAAAUCAAGAUCAUCGACUUUGGCCUGGCCCAGAAGCUGGAGGAUGGUGUCACCUUCAAGAGCCUCUGCGGGACCCCCCAGUACAUUGCUCCCGAAGUGAUCAACUACGAACCGCUGAGCUCCGCCACCGACAUGUGGAGCAUCGGGGUUAUCACCUACAUCCUGCUCAGCGGCUUCUCCCCCUUCCAGGGUGAGACAGAUGCUGAGACCCUCUCCAACGUCCUGGAGGGCGCCUAUGAGUUCGAGGAGCGCUACUUCAGUGACACCUCUGAGAUGGCCAAGGACUUCAUCCGGCUGCUGCUGGUGAAAGAGCCUCAGGAGCGAAUGACUGCAUCUGAGUGCCUUGUGCACCCUUGGAUUAAGCCCCUGAACAGGAAACAAGCAGCAAAACGGUGCCGUUCCUCCAUCAACAUGAAAAACUUCCGCAAGUUCAACGCCCGGAGGAAGUGGAAGCUCUCUUACAACAUGGUGUCUGCCUGCAACCGGCUGUGCCGCAUGCGGCUGCUUUGCAGCCCCGGGACGGAGGGCGAAGAGCUGCGCUGCUGUGAGAGCGACCAGGAGGAGGAAGGCAGCCGCCCCGUGACUCUGCUCCGUCGGCGUAGGAGCAGCUGCUCCUGAGCUCCCCCCCAGGGUGGGGACAGAAGAAUGGGGCAAACCCACGAGAAGGACCUCCAGACCCCCCUUCACCCCCAGCAGAUGUGAGCACCUGAGUGCUGGAGCUGCUGCUCCCAGUGCUGCUGUGCUGAGGGCCACUGGGGCAGAGCCAGGGGCACUGCUGUGCUCCCGAGGUACACCCUCACCUGAGGGCUCUGCCCUUCCCUUGGCUCUAAUUCGAGAAAUAAAUGUGCCCCAAUCCUCUUA